GAUCAUUUCGUGGAAAAUGAGAUUUUCUCAAGAUUUGGUCAGAUCUUGCAUUGCCCUGAGUUAUUUGGCGAGCUAACUAACAAAGAUCGUUCAUAGCGUCGUAUUAAUCGUCCGAUCGUAGAUCCUCAGGCAACGUCGAAAAUAUUUCGAUCAUUCUGGAGCGCUUACGUCGUCGAAAAAAAGAAUCACGAGCAAGUAUCCCGUUGAUCGUGACGAAGGACCGAGGAGAAACGACAGAAGAGCUAUGCGUAGGAGCAAAGGAAAAAAACAAUCACGGAUGAUAUUCGACAGGGUGGGGGAGUUUGCUCUCCAUGAAGAAUAUAUAAAUCGCGGGUAGGGCUGAAAUUCCGGUUAGUACAGAUAGUUUCGCAAACCUAUCGCGAAGCUGUGAUCGCACUAUGCAGGUCUACGCCACGUUGCUUGCCUUCGCUGUAAUCCUGGUCGUAUCGAUAGAGUCGAGACCAAUCGGACUAAACUUGUACGUGAACGAUCAUCAAAACCCUUCUGAAGUCAUCAGCGUAUAUCCGCAACUUCUGCAAUACCAGAACUCUCCGUUUUACUAUCAAAAUGUUCCCGUAGACGUGAAUGGUAUUCCAACCGCUGUCGUCGCCUAUGGAAAGCCUUCGGUCUCCCAUUUGCCUGCUUAUAACAUUUUUUAUAGCACCUCUGUACAUGACUUCCGAUUUCCACUGAAUCCGGUGUAUCCGCUGUUAAAACCUAUUCAACCGGGAGAACCGCCUAAACCAAGCCCACCAUCGACAACCACUAUGAAACCAGAGGUUGAAAGCACCGAGGAUGGCAUCGAAAAAUUGGACACGAAGGUUGAACCAGGAAAAGAAAUGAAGAAAUCGAACGAGAGCGGAGAAGACAACGACGAUGACAGCAUUACCAUCGAGUCGAUAUAAACUGCCGUAUAUUGCGUAUCACGCUUCAUGCUAAUUAAAUAAAAUAUUUACACCUUUACCCGUUACUUCCUUGUACUUACACGU